AUAUGUUAGGCGCACAGCUAUAGUUAUCUAUGAGCUACAUGGGUAGCCGUAAGGCCCAUAACCUUCGACCCUCUUUUGCCCCGUCUCUUCCCGAAUGCCGUGCGCACCUAGCGGCAGCAUAAUAAUGAAUAUCGCUCGCAUCUAAGUGUUAAUUUACUCGGAUACCGGCAUCUGGGCUGCCCGCUUCACUUUUUCCUAUGGCCGGUGCUGCCAAGCCGCUGCCGCGCACCAUCGUGCUGCGCAACGGCGUGGAGCUACCGGUGGUGGGUUUGGGCACGUUCAAGGCCCAGGGCGAGGAGGCCCGCGGGGCGGUGCUGGCAGCGCUGCGGCUGGGGCUGCGGCACAUUGACACGGCCUCCAUAUACAAGAACGAGGAGUCCAUCCAGUCCUCGCUGUGUGCCUCGGGGCUGCCCCGCUCCGCCGUGUUCCUGACCAGCAAGGUGUCGCCAUACGAGCAGGGCGCGGGGCGGGCGCGGCAGGCGGUGGAGGGGGUGAUGCAGCGGCUGGGCACCGACUACCUGGACCUGAUGCUGGUGCACUGGCCGGGGGCCGCCCGCACGCCGCCCGCCUCCCCCGCCAACCGCCAGCUGCGGCUGGAGACCUGGCGCGAGCUGGAGGGACUGCACCGGGAGGGCCGCCUGCGUGCCAUCGGUGUGAGCAACUAUGAGGCGGCCCACCUGCGGGAGCUGCUGCAGGAGGCGGACGUGAAGCCCAUGGUGAACCAGUUCGAGGUGCACCCGCGGCGGCAGUGCAGGGAGCUGCGGGAGCUGUGUCGCCAGGAGGGCAUUGCGGUGGUCGCCUACGCCUCGCUGGGCUGCUCCGAGCUGCUGGGCCACCCCGUGGUGCUGCGGGUGGCGGCGCAGGUGGGGCGCACCCCGGCGCAGGUGCUGCUGCGGUGGGCGCUGCAGGGCGGCUGCGCGGUCAUCCCCAAGAGCGUGCGGCCGGAGCGGCUGGCGGAGUGGCGCGAGGAGGCGCUGCUAGAGGGCGGCUGGGGGCUGGCGGAGGAGCAGAUGGAGGAGCUGGG